CGUAACCAGCUUUGGAGUUUGGAGCGUACCUCCCAGGUCCUGCCAGCCUGUGCCAGGUCUUGCCUACCAACAGAGCAAAGUAGUCAAAUUAGUCUCCACUUUUUUGUCUUUGCCCUUCGCCGACAUCGAGGUAGGCGCGUUCUUAGGUCAGGUAGAUCACGGGUACCGGCGCGUCACUUUCCCGGAGUAAGAAGUACUUCUUUCACUUCUCAGCUCUUUCAACUUUUAUGUACCUCUCAUUUUCUAUCAACUUCAAUGUUGCGACGGUCCGAAAAAAAUAUUGAAUCGCCAUAGUCAGACCGGGUCGGCGCGGAACACUGUGCAACAAUGGUCCUUGCUCUCCGGCCAUCAGUUAUACAUACAUCACAUGUUUAUAUUAUAUAGUCAUCCCGCUCCGCUGUUAUCCGAUUCGAGAGUAACCAAACCCAAGUCCGCAUGCUUUGCCGAGCAUGUCUUCACCCCGUUUCCACAUGUCAUCUCCCGUCCACGGCACCGGCAGACGGAAAUCUCGAUUCACUUAUCGACAACUAACCCUGUUAACAUCAUAUUCCACGUCAACUCCUCUUCGUGUCAUUGCCCAUAUCGAUCUAGAUGCUUUUUAUGCUCAGUGUGAGAUGGUGCGUCUUGGUACGGCUGAAGAUCAACCUUUAGCUGUUCAACAGUGGCAAGGGCUGAUUGCCGUCAACUAUCCUGCGCGAGAGUUUGGUAUAGGUCGGCACUGCACUGUGACUGAUGCGAAGAAGUUGUGCCCGAAACUCAUCUCGCAGCACGUUGCUACUUGGAGGGAAGGUGACGAGAAAUGGGCGUAUCAUGACGACGCAGCUGCCCAUAUUGGCACUCACAAGGUUUCUUUAGAUCCUUACAGGCUUCAGUCACGAAGAAUUCUCGCGCUAAUCAAAGAGAGCCUUCCGUCCAACCUGCAGAGGGUUGAGAAGGCAAGCAUAGACGAGGUCUUUCUGGAUCUAUCUGCACAUAUCCACUCUAUUUUUCUGCAGAGGUUCCCGGAGCUUGCUUACCCUCCCCCGUAUGAUGAUCCUACGGAGAAAUUGCCUCUCCCUCCAGUCACUGCCCUCGACUGGCAAGCGGACGCACUUGUGGAUUUCGAGGAUGCAGAGAUCGAGGCGGAUGACCCGGACUGGGACGACGUAGCCAUUCUCAUUGGAUCAGAAAUUGUUCGAGAUAUACGAGCUCAAAUUCGUCGAACGUUAGGCUACACAUGUUCUGCCGGUAUAGCAGGGAACAAGCUGCUGAGUAAGUUGGGCUCCGGCUACAAGAAGCCCAACCAACAGACGGUUAUUCGGAAUCGAGCGGUGCAGCAUUUUCUAUCUGACAUGAAAUUUACCAAGAUUCGAAACUUGGGCGGCAAGCUUGGCGAGCAGGUCGUGUCAACUUUUCACACAGAAGCAGUUAAAGAUUUGUUGCAUGUGCCAGUAGAGCAAAUGAAGCUCAAAUUAGGUGAUGACACUGGAGUGUGGCUCUACAAUACUAUACGAGGUAUCGACGUGAGCGAGGUUAGCUCGCGGACGCAGAUCAAGUCGAUGCUGUCGGCCAAAUCCUUUAGGCCCUACAUAAACAAUCAGGAACAAGCUGUCAAGUGGUUACGAAUCUUUGCCGCCGACAUAUUCUCGCGAUUGGUGGAGGAAGGUGUUCUCGAAAACAAGAGGCGGCCGAAGACAAUCAACUUACAUCACCGCCAAGGGGUUCAGACCCGCUCACGACAGAGUAAUAUUCCUCAAGGGAAGACCCUCGAUGAGGCAACAUUGUUCGAACUUGCCAAGAAUCUAUUCAUCCAAUUUAUCCAAGAAGGUAAAGUCUGGCCAUGCUCCAACCUCAGCUUGAGUGUGGGAGGAUUUGAAGACGGUAUCACUGGCAACCGGGGUAUAGGUGCCUUCUUAUUAAAAGGGGACGAGGCACGUGAAUCCAAGGGAAACCUCCGAGAGGAUCCAGCAGGUCCAGUCACGCAUGAACGACCGGAGAAGAAACGACGGGUCGAGAGCCCCGGUAUCCAGCGAUUCUUCCCAAAGAGGGAGAGUUCGAGUGGAGAUCCCGAGGAGAGUAUCGACGACGACCUAACUGGGACGGGCAAUAGCAAAAUCGAGACAAAAGAGGCGUCCCUAAACAGUUCAGGAAGUCGACUAUGGCCAGCUACGGAAUACGUCAAGGUAUGUACGCGCUGUAAUGCAAGACUUGAAGGCGCCGAGGCCCUACAGAGCCACCUCGACUGGCAUCUCGCCAAAGACCUUCAGGAGGAAGAACGUGGCAACCAGACAUUUGCUAGCCACCAAUCCACGGGAUCACGCAGUCAGAAGACUGCAGCUGCAUCAUCGUCAUCAUUAUCUUCUAAGAAAUCUACAAGAGGUAGUACCUCUAGCACUAAGCUUGAGCAAGGGCAGAGUAAAUUGAAAUUUGGGUGAAGCAAUCCCUAGCAUACCACUCAACUCGAAGCGAACGCUACAUGCGCCCUAGUCAACUCCAACGCAUCCAUUCGUCCAGGCGAGAUGCUAUCUUUGUCUUCAUAUAUGGCGUCCAACGGGGAUCGCGUUCACCAACAUUCGGUGCAUCCCUUAUACAGCAGGUCCACCUUUAUGCACAUUUCUCCUAUCUGUGUCUAAAUUUCGGCGAUACGAAAACGGAUGGCGUCUUCUGGGAUCCCGUCUUAAGUAGUGAUGGGUUAUGCCGAUUGCGAUAUGUUGAGGACAAUAGAAGCUUAGUGUUCAGGCAUUCGGCAAGGAACCGACGAAAAAAAUCUGGGCCAACAGAAAUGUCGGUCUGCACCGCCUGACCCACUCACUACCUUACGGUAUAGGUGUCGGUGGUGCGAGGUUAGGCAAAUGGGUUGUUCGUGAACUCGCGCUUGACGGCUCGUUCGUGUCUUAAGAGAGUCACCUAAUGUUCAAGUGCAUCAUUCAAACCCGGGAAUUGUGUACUACAUUGGUGGACCGAUUCGGCGAGACAGCCCAUCGGCCUCACAUGAACAACACGGCACGCGUGCGGACGGCCCCCAAGAUUCACAUGCAAUAAUAAGGGAUGAACUCUCGAUAUUACUACGGUAGAAAGUUUUUUUCGGGAGGCUUUCUAGACUGAAAGAUUGUGGUGU